UUUUAGAGAGAGAAAACACGCCCAGAAUCUCUCUCUCUCAUCGCCAUUCCCCUUUUCCUCUUGCUUCCCUCUACUCUCUCUCUCUCUCUCUCUCUCUAGAACGCACUCGCCUUCUGCCUGCGCGGAUAUCAUCUCUCUCUCUUGCCUUCGCUGCCGUCGAAACCCUAGUGGAUGGAUCUUUUGGUGUGAGUUCGGGAGGAGCAUUGAUCAGAUCGGGGCGAUGGCGGAGGCGUCCGGCGACGGGGAGCGCCCGCGGAGCUCCCUCCGGCACCGGCGGCGGCGGCGGCGGCGGCAGCAACGGCAGGGCGGAUGCCCCCACGCCCCUCGCCGUGUCGGCCUCCUUCAAGGAGGGACGCAGCAGCUCCCGCAGGCGGACCGCGGUCCGCCCCAGCUUCGACGCCGACAACGAGUUCAUCACCUUGCUCCACGGCUCAGAUCCCGUCAAGCUCGAGCUCAAUCGGCUCGAGAAUGAAGUUAGAGAUAAGGACAGAGAGCUAGGGGAGGCGCAAGCGGAGAUCAAGGCUCUCAGGUUGUCUGAGCGGCUCAGAGAGAAGGCUGUUGAAGAGCUCACUGAGGAACUGUCUAAGGUGGAAGAGAAGCUCAAGUUGACUGAGAAGCUCCUUGAAAAUAAAAAUUUGGAAAUUAAGAAAAUUAAUGAAGAGAAGAAGGCGUCCAUGGCAGCUCAAUUUGCAGCUGAAGCCACUCUUCGAAGGGUUCACGCUGCUCAGAAGGAUGACGACAUGCCUCCCAUUGAGGCCAUUCUUGCUCCUUUGGAGGCUGAGCUCAAGCUUGCAAAGCAGGAGAUUGCAAAGCUUCAAGAUGAUAACAAGGCUUUAGAUCGUCUUACUAAAUCCAAAGAAGCAGCUUUACUGGAAGCUGAGAGGACUGUUCAGGUGGCCUUAGCUAAGGCCUCCAUGGUGGAUGAUCUCCAAAAUAAGAAUCAAGAAUUGAUGAAACAAAUUGAAAUUUGCCAGGAAGAAAAUAAAAUUUUGGACAGACUGCACAGGCAAAAGGUUGCUGAGGUUGAAAAGCUUACACAGACUGUAAGGGAGCUGGAAGAGGCUGUUCUGGCUGGUGGUGCAGCUGCAAAUGCUGUGAGGGAUUAUCAACGCAAAGUGCAAGAAAUGAAUGAAGAAAGGAGAACCCUUGACAGGGAGUUGGCCCGAGCAAAGGUCACUGCAAACAGAGUGGCCACUGUGGUGGCAAAUGAGUGGAAAGAUGCCAAUGACAAAGUAAUGCCUGUUAAGCAAUGGCUUGAAGAACGAAGAUUCUUGCAGGGAGAAAUGCAGCAACUUCGCGAUAAACUUGCUAUAACUGAGAGAGCAGCAAGAUCCGAGGCUCUUUUAAAGGAGAGAUAUCAGUCGAGGCUCAAAGUAAUUGAGGAGAGUUUAAGGGGAUCAUCAGGCAGCAAUAAUCGUAGUGCAUUAGAGAGGAGCAUGAGCAAUGGGCCCUCCCGGCGCCAGUCUCUUGGUGGGGCUGAUAACGUUUCUAGGCUUACUGCAAGUGGACUCUUAUCUAGGAAAUCAGCUUCGCAAUCAAAAUCUUUCUCUUCUGGUGCUACUACGGUAUUAAAACAUGCCAAAGGAACAUCAAGGUCAUUUGAUGGUGGCACAAGAUCUUUAGACAGGGGUAAAGUACUUUCCAAUGGAACUGGUGCAAAUUACUCUCCAAACCGGUCAUGUGAUGUGACCAAGGAGGGUGAAGAAAAUGACUUCUCAAAGGGAAACUCUGAUAAUAACUCAAAUGAAUUUGCUCCAGUGGAGACUCGAGACUCUGUUCCUGGGGUGUUAUAUGACAUUUCAAAAGAAGUUGUAGCUUUAAGGAAAGCUGGUCACGAGAAAGAUCAAAGCAUCAAGGACAAGGAUGAUGCAAUAGAGAUGCUUGCUAAAAAAGUAGAAACUCUAACCAAGGCCAUGGAGGUUGAAGCAAAGAAGAUGAGAAGGGAAGUAGCUGCGAUGGAGAAGGAAGUUGCUGCUAUGCGGGUAGAGAAGGACCAUGAAAGUAGAUCGAAAAGGUUUAGCAAUCAGAAGAAUGCUAUUGGCAGUUCUCAGCUGCUAACGGGAAGGAAUGUGGCUCGAACUGGGUUAACACGCAGCACCCAAUAACCAGAUGCCCAAAUACCCAAAUGCAAGAGAUAGAAUCAGACAGAAGGACAAAGGCAUUGAUGCUGGGCUAACCUUUUAUCAGGUUUUGAGUGGCAGUGGUUGUGUUGUUUUAUGGGUAGCUUUCUGGCCUUCAUUUGCCAUCAGUUGACAUAAUUUUUAUAUUUUUGUCUGGGAGCAGUUUGUAUAUGUAAUCAAUCAGCGAGUACUGCGAUUGUUGUCCAUUAUGUUUGUUAAUAUUCUUGUAAUCAGAUGUUUAACAGUCAAGUUGUUUCUUUUUUUUUUCUA